UCUCACUUUUAUCCCGCUAUGCUAAUGUCAUAUUGUCAAUCAACUUAUUUUAUUUUAUUUUAUUUUUAUUUUGAUAGUCCAAAUGACCGUUUAACCCACAUUGUUAGACUGUAAUGUUACGAGAUUCCUGCCAAUCUGUAAUGCACUUAGCGGGGAAAAAGGUGACAAUGGGUGACCUCCAAAUGCUGCUGAGGUAUAAGAAUUUUCUUUAUGUGAAGCAAGUAUGGGGAAAUUAUGGGUUGAAGUCUGCCUGAUAUCUGCUAGGGGUCUCCGGCGUUCUUCCUCCCUCUGGAAGCUCCAGUGGUUUGCUGUUGGGUGGAUUGAUCCUAAUAAUAAAUAUUGCACCAAGAUCGAUGCGUCAGGGAAUGCAAAUCCCGUCUGGAAAACCAAGUUUGCUGCCUUGGUUGAUGACUCGCAGACGAACUUCCAAGAUCUGGCGCUGCACGUCGAAGUUUACAGUAGAGAGCCCAUAUUCCUCAGAGAGAGGCUUCAGGGCACAGCAAGUGUCGUCUUGAAAGAAUUUUUGGCUAAGCAGGUCAAGAAUAAUGAGGGUUCAAGGCCAGUAACCGAAGAAGUAGGGAGCUAUCAAUUGCGGAAAGGGAACUCCAGCAAACCCCAAGGAUUUGUUGACAUUUCAAUUCGUAUAUCUGAGGAAAGGGGCGGCGAGCCAACUUCAUACAUAGGUAACGAGGAAGGAUUUGUGCUCACGGGUCACAGCAACAAUAAUAUCACCCUGGCUUCUCAUUCUCAAGAUGGGCCAGCUCUAGCCACACAACCGCCUCCAAUUCUACGUCAUCGCCAAGAAAAUCAAUUCCCGUCGAAUUCUCCGUACACCCAUCCAAUGCCAUACCCUACAAACUAUUCCAAUCCAUCUGUAGGUGGACCACGCUACCCACCAGCAGGUGCACCAAGCUAUCCUCCGCCUAGAACUCCUCCACCACCGCCCCCACCCUCUAAUGUGGGUUACAUGCCCACUUUUCUCCCUAGAACAGAUCGUUUGUCGGAGACUUAUAUAAAUAUGCCACCAUCUGGUCGUGGCGGGGGACCUGGACCUGGUUUUGGAAUAGGACUAGGUGCUGGAGCACUGGCAGCUGGUGCUGUGAUCUUUGGUGAUGACUUUAUGUCAGGAUUUGAUGUUCCUGCAGGCUUACAAGAUGCUAGUCUUACCAUAUCAACUGAUCCUCCUUUCUAACAAGCAGUAACUUGCUUCUGUAAUUAUGUUCAAGUGCAGUGAGGUGGAACUAUUUUAGACUCAUUGUAUUGUUUAACUACUUUAAUGGUGAAAGUUUUCAUUCCUCCAAACUGGUUUCAUCAUUCCAUUUGAAAAAACUGAAGAGUCCCAAUUUAAUACGCUGUCCAUGAACAGACCAAGUGCAGUGAGG